GGGAGGGCGCGGAGUCUCACGUGUGCCGCCCCAGCCGCGGCGCCGGGAAGGACGCGCAGACCCCAAGCGCGGAGCGCGGAGCCUGCCAGGGCUGCGGGGCCGGUCAGGGCUGCGGGACCGGCCAGGGCUGCGGAGCCGGUCAGGGCGCGCCUCCGCGCGGGGAGGAGACGAGCGGCGUGCCUGGAGGCCCGAGGACCCCGCGGGGGCCCCGGCUCCGCGCGUGGAUGUGCCUGGCCGCGGCGCACUUUCGAGGGCACCUCGACACCGGGGUCUGAUGCCCUUGGCUGUGAUGCACCCCCGACUUCUGUCCUCUCAGGCACAACCUGCGUGACUGAGCCACUGCUGCUCCAGCUGUUUCACGUCACCGUUCCCUUUACUGAACAGUUUGAUGGGGCGUCGGGCGGAUGACAGCGGGAACGGUUGUGAUCACCGGUGGAAUCCUAGCUACGGUGAUCCUCCUCUGCAUCAUUGCCGUCCUGUGCUACUGUAGGCUCCAGUAUUACUGCUGCAAGAAGAGCAGAACCGAGGAUGCAGACGAGGAGGAGCAGCAGGAGCAUGACCUUCCUGUGCACCCCAGAGGCCCCAGCUGCAAUGCCUGCAGCUCCCAAGCCCUGGACAGCAGAGGCGGCCUGGCACCUCUCCCUGGAGAGCCCUGCAGCCAGCCAUGUGGGGUGGAAGGAAGCCACUGCACCACCUGCUCCCCGUACAGCUCCCCCUUUUACAUGCGGACGGCUGACAUGGUGCCCAAUGGGGGUGGAGGCGAGAGGCUCUCCUUUGCCUCCACAUACUACAAAGAAGGGGGGACCCCAUCCCUCAAAUUGGCAGCGCCCCAGAGUUACCCGGUGACCUGGCCAGGCUCUGGGCGUGAGGCCUUCACCCAUCCAAGGGCUAUUAGUACGGAUGUGUAACACCCUCCACCUCUGACCCACACACGCUGACAACUGCUGCCCAGCAGGG